AUGGAAAUGAUAAAAGUAGGGCCAAUAGGAGGAAAAACAACAGGAGGAAGUGUUUGGGAUGAAAAAGGUGAAGGUGAAAUUGCCAAAAUUUUUGUUACAAGUGGUACUCAAACAAAUUUUGUUUUAUCACUUCAAUUCCUCUUUGUUGAUCAAAAUGGACAAUUUAUUUUGUCUGAUAGACAUGGUGCUCAGUACAAUUAUAGCUACACUACAACCUUCAAUACUGUUGUUUUGGUUUAUCCAUCGGAACUUCUUAUCGAAAUAAAAGGUACCUAUUACUCGAAUGGUUUGAGAUCGAUAACAUUUGUGACUAACAAAGAUACGUAUGGGCCAUAUGGCAGCGCAAGGCCCAUGAUAGUCGACAGAGAGAUUGAUUUUCAAAUAGGAAAUGAUCCUUCUUGA